AUGCACCCCCGCGCCGACUACCGCGCCCAGAGUGUCGAUGCCGAUGUCCACCUCGACUGGAACAACGUCCUGCAGAUCCUGGCUUCCGAGCUUUCACAAGACGCCUCGUGUCCCAUCUGCCUUGGCACACCCCUAGCCCCCAGGAUGGCGAGGUGUGGCCACAUCUUCUGUCUCCCAUGUCUCAUCCGCUACAUGCAUUCCGAAGACGACGCCAAGCCCCGAGACAAACGGGCGCGUUCGAGCAAAUGCCCGCUGUGCUUCGACACCAUAUACGCCUCUGAAACGAGGCCAGUGCGCUGGUACACAGGCCAGGAGGGCGAGCCUCCCCGCGAGGGAGGCGAUGUAGUUCUCCGCUUGGCUGUCAGAUCCGCGGGAAGCACCUUGGCUAUGCCCCGCGAUGGCGCCUACGCUAUGACCAAAGACGAAGAUAUCCCCUGGUAUCAUGCCGCCGAGGUGACCGACUAUGCCCGCAUAAUGCGCGGCGGUGAGGACUACAUGCUGGACCAACAUGAUCAAGAGAUUGUGAAGCUGGAGCACCAAGGCAAAGAGGAUGAAGUCAUGUUUGCCGAAGACAGCAUGGAAUGGACCAACAAGGCGGUACGGAAUAUCCGAGAGGCCAAGGAGAAGCUUAGAGGAAUCGGAAACCCCCCAGACGAGGCCUGCAAGCCCGCGGAACCCAAGAUGAAGAGAGCGCCCAUGGUAUUCAACGAGACGACGGCGCCAGACAUGAACACUGUACAGGACCAUUCCCAGGUCGGGACCGCUUAUGGCAAGGACAGGGCCAUGUCUGUCUCUUCGCACUCUUCAGCAGCAAGCCACGGCAUGUCUCUGACGCUUGCAGAGCUUCGCAAUCGACAGCACCACGAGCACCACCAGACGCCCGCCGAAUAUUUCUUCUACCAAGCACUAUUGCAUUACUACUUAUCUCCGUUAGAUAUCCGCAUUUUGAAAGCGGCUUUCGGAAAUUUCGCCUCGUUCCCCUCAACGAUCCUUCCCCGUGUCGAGCACGUAUCUACGGGACACGUAGUCGAUGACGAAUUGCGCAAGCGCACAAAAUACCUGGCGCAUCUACCAUACGGCUGUGAAGUUGGUUUCCUUGAAUGUGAUUGGACCGAUACAGUCGCCCCAGAAGUGCUGGAACGCUUCCGACCCGAUAUUGAGAAAAGGCGAAAGAGGCAUGUUGAGAAGGAGAGUAAAGAGGAGAAGGCACGACAGCGCGCGGAAAAGGCCGAGUACGCCGAGUUUGCAUCUGCGCGCAGAAGACGUCCAAGCAUGACGGAGAGAUUCUCCGCCGACGAUUUCCAGCCUCUAGCAUCAGGCAGCAUGCCGGACGCGCAGCCCGUCAUGGAUGGAGACAACUCUUCGACGUCGCCACCCUGGCCACGGCGGCGUGGCGAUGGCUUCGCUCCGUUGGCUUCUCCUUCGUCAAGCCCGUCAGCGCCACGGACCGUAUGGGGUACGGCGAUAGUGGCAGGCACGUCUCCAGUGUUUGGGCCCCAGGAUCAUCAUGACGGCGAUGAUGGGUGGCUGCAGGGCUGGGAGAAGGAUUUGCUUGCCGAGGAGGACAUGCUUGCCCGAGCGCAAGCCAUGUCUUUAGAAGGAGGCGAGGAAGGCGCGAAGAAGCCGGCCGGCGGAAAGAAGAAGAAGGGCAAAAAGAUCACGUUGAUGAGUACGAAUGUGCGGAGGGGAGCGUAG